AUGUCGCCCUCUCUCCUCACCCUCCUUCUCCUGAUCCCCUCACUCUCGAUCGCGCUCGCAGCCCCUGCUCCUGCUCCCGAACCCUUCGCGAUCCCGCUCCACCUCUCCAUUCCCCCCUCUCCACGCUCAGCCGACCCUAACGAAGUCCUCCUCACCCACUCCCACUCCCACAUCGCACGGUCGAUCGAUGCGUCCCUCGCUUCCCGCUCCCUUGUCUCGCGAAACGCCCUCGAUCCGACUUGGCUGCUCCGCGAAGAAGCCAAGAUCGACACGCGCUAUAACGAUGGGCUUGGAGACUUUGCCUCGCUCAUCGCCUUGCCACGUCUAGGCGCUCGGGCCGGCGAGGUGCAGUUGACAAACCAUAAUCUGGAUGCUAGCUAUUCGGGUCAGGUUUCGGUAGGAACGCCAGGCCAGGCGUUCGACGUAGUGUUGGACACGGGAAGUGCGGACUUGUGGAUCACGGGGAGUGGGUGUUCAGGGUGCGGUUCGCAGAAGAAGUUCAACGCAGCGGCGAGCUCUUCUCACGUCACCUCCAACAACUCCUUUGGUAUCCAAUACGGCUCAGGCAGCACCGCCGGCCACCUCGUUCAGGACACCGUCUCCCUGGGCGGCUACUCGGUCGCUUCCCAGACAUUCGCCAUCAGCGACUCGAUGUCCAGCGGCCUCAUCUCGGACUCGCUCAGCGGUAUCAUGGGUCUCAGCUUCGCCGCUCUCGCCUACUCCAGGGCUAUCCCAUGGUGGGUUAACCUGGUCCAGUCGGGUGCAUGGUCCCAACCGCUCUUCGGCUUCUACCUCGCUCGAUACCGCGAUGUCGCCGGUGCGAGCCGGCUCGAGGGGAACGGCGGGAAGGCUACCUUCGGCUACCUCGACUCGAGCCUCUACUCGGGCGGUAUCACCUACGUGAAUGUGCCCAGCGGAGCGCAGUACUGGCAGAUCCCCAUGGACUCCGUCAGUAUGCAAGGCACCUCCAUCUCCCUCAGCGCCGGCAACAGCGUCGCGGUCGACACCGGAACCACCCUCAUCGGCGGGCCCUCAGCUACCGUCGCCUCCAUCUUCGCUGCCAUCCCCGGCUCGCGCCAAAUGUCGGGCUCCUACCGCAACUACUACGAAUACCCCUGUACCACCAAGAUCGACUUCCAGCUCGCCUUUGGCGGGUUCACCAUCAAGGUCACAGACCGAGACUUCAACCUCGGUCGGUACGGCACGGACCAAAACUACUGUACCGGCGCGGUCUUCAUCCAGAACUUGCCGGCUGGUAGUCCCGUCCAGUGGAUCGUCGGCGACAGUGCGCUCAAGAAUGUGUACUCGGUCUACCGGUUCAACCCUCCCGCGGUGGGCUUCGCGCAGCUCGCCGGUGCUAGUGGCGCGACUCCGUCUGCUACGGCGGCGGUCAUCCCCUCCGGCGGAUCCCUCGACGAUGGAAAUCCAGGAAUGGCAGAGACAGCCUCGGUCGCGUCGGCUCUGCCGACAUCCAAGUCGUCGGGCUCGGCCUCCAAGUCGGGCUCAGCGGGCGGAGUCGUAGUCGCCACGGUCACGGCCGUGGUCACUGCAGGAGAUGCCAAUGCUAUCGCCGGCGCAGCGGCCGCAGCGAGUAGUGCGGCUCAGGCGGGUGGAGCCAAGUCGGCAGCGGGGAGGUCGGUGCUGGGCAUGGGGAUGGGAGCGAUGAUGGGUUUGGCGGGGUUCGUGGGGGUAUUGGCGUUAUGA